CACAGACGAAGAAGCAGAAAGUGGAGCAGCAGAAGAUUGUGGUGUUGCGUUGAUUGUGCUCAGUCCGCGCCUCCGCGCUCAAACAGUGUUGUUGGAGAAACAGAAACAGUCGCUGAACUAUUAGAAAUGAAUGACGUCCAGUUUCAAUUCUUCUCCUGCUCCUAGAGUCCACUUUUCUUACACUGCUCAAAUACACCUCUGUUAACAAAUCAGGACAUUCCAGUAAGACUAAACUGCUGAAACAGAUUAAAUGUAAGAAUAGGGCUUCUAGUAUGGCUUCUAGUACCCUCCACAUGAACACAUCUCACAGACAGACACAGAAACUCAGCAAGGAGAGAACUCACUACUGCUCAGAGUGUGGAAAAAGUUUUAAUCGACGGAGUCAUCUCAAAAUACACCAGCGCAUUCACACAGGAGUUAAACCAUAUUGCUGUUCAGAGUGUGGAAAGAGUUUCACUCAACAGAGUACUCUCCAGCAACAUCAGCGUAUCCACACAGGAGAGAAGCCGUAUCACUGCUCAGAGUGUGGGAAGAGUUUUAAUCAACAGAUUCAUCUCGAACAACACCAGCGCAUUCACACAGGAGAGAAGCCAUAUUGCUGUUCAGAGUGUGGAAAGAGUUUCUCUCUACACAGUACGCUCCAAAAGCACCAGCACAUUCAUACAGGAGAGAAGCCGUAUCACUGCUCAGAGUGUGGGAAGAGUUUUACUCAGCAGAGUACUCUCCAACAACAUCAGCGCAUCCACACAGGUGAAAAGCCCUAUCACUGCACAGAUUGUGGGAAGAGUUUUACUGUACAGAGUAAUCUCCAACAACACCAGCGCAUUCACACAGGAGAGAAGCCGUAUCACUGCUCAGAGUGUGGGAAGAAUUUUACCGUGCAGAGUACUCUCCAAAAUCACCAGCGCAUUCACACAGGAGAGAAGCCGUAUCAUUGCUCAGAGUGUGGGAAGAGUUUUACUGUACAGAGCAAUCUACAAAAACACCAGCGCAUUCACCAGCGCUCUUCCCUCAAUGCCCAGAGUGUCGGAAGAGCUUUAAGCAUUCAAAGAUUGUAAAGGGACACAAGUGCACAAAGAACAGUGGUGGAAAUAGGCAGUAAUGACUGUGACCAUAACACUAUUGCUAGAGGAAAUCUAGACAUACAUAAAAAAAAAAAAUCUGAUUUUUUGUUGUUUUUACCCUGUGUCUAAAACAUGCAUAAAAUCGAAUGUAAUUUUCUAUGCUGAUGUCACGUCUACAGCGUACAUGGAAGUUUGGUGUUGAACUACAACCCCAUUUCCAAAAAAGUUGUGAUGCUCUGCAAAAUGUAAAUAAAAACUCAAUGAUGUGCAAA